AUGUUUAUCCAUUAUAUUACAGGGGUAGACAAUGAGGCCGCCAUGUUCAUCCAUUAUAUUACAGAGGUAGACAAUGAGGCCGCCAUGUUUAUCCAUUAUAUUACAGGGGUAGACAAUGAGGCCGCCAUGUUUAUUCAUUAUAUUACAGGGGUUGACAAUGAGGCCGCCAUGUUUAUUCAUUAUAUUACAGGGGUAGACAAUGAGGCCGCCAUGUUCAUCCAUUAUAUUACAGAGGUAGACAAUGAGGCCGCCAUGUUUAUCCAUUAUAUUACAGGGGUAGACAAUGAGGCCGCCAUGUUUAUUCAUUAUAUUACAGGCGUAGACAAUGAGGCCGCCAUGUUUAUUCAUUAUAUUACAGGGGUUGACAAUGAGGCCGCCAUGUUUAUUAAUUAUAUAACAGGGGUAGACAAUGAGGCCGCCAUGUUCAUCCAUUAUAUUACAGGGGUAGACAAUGAGGCCGCCAUGUUCAUCCAUUAUAUUACAGGGGUUGACAAUGAGGCCGCCAUGUUUAUUCAUUAUAUUACAGGGGUAGACAAUGAGGCCGCCAUGUUUAUCCAUUAUAUUACAGGGGUAGACAAUGAGGCCGCCAUGUUCAUCCAUUAUAUUACAGGGGUAGACAAUGAGGCCGCCAUGGUUAUUCAUUAUAUUACAGGGGUAGACAAUGAGGCCGCCAUGUUUAUCCAUUAUAUUACAGGGGUAGACAAUGAGGCCGCCAUGUUCAUCCAUUAUAUUACAGGGGUAGACAAUGAGGCCGCCAUGUUUAUCCAUUAUAUUACAGAGGUAGACAAUGAGGCCGCCAUGCUUAUUCAUUAUAUUACAGAGGUAGACAAUGAGGCCGCCAUGUUCAUCCAUUAUAUUACAGGGGUAGACAAUGAGGCCGCCAUGUUUAUCCAUUAUAUUACAGGCGUAGACAAUGAGGCCGCCAUGUUUAUCCAUUAUAUUACAGGGGUAGACAAUGAGGCCGCCAUGUUUAUCCAUUAUAUUACAGGGUAG